AACAGCUUUGUUGUCAAACGUUGCUAAGGAAGCUGACGUCAGGCUAACACAUUGCUAAUCUGAUUGCUAACACGAAAAUACGUCCAAAGAUGUAGGAUACUGGUUUAUGGGCCGUAAUUUUUAAGGAUUUCUAGGAUAUGAACAAAGGGAAUUAUAAUCCAUGGAAAAAACGUGAGGAUGACUGAGUCUUGGGAGGAGAUCCGCUCCCACCCCCCCGUGGCUCCUCGUCUGUGUGGAGCCCCCAGUAAGGCUGACCCAGCAGCCAAUGACAACAGGUCGUCCAAAGCCUCCCAGGUGGAUGUGAACCACACCUCCAAACCCCCUCAUGCUUCUCGAUACGUCCAGGGAACCGUCAACCCCUACCAGCCACGGCCACCGCCCAAGUUGUCAAAGAUCGGCAAGCACUGCUCCGAGGAUGACAGUCUGAGAACCAGGAGACUGCGAAACAGCCAGGAGAGUCUGAGCGAUCCCACCGAGACAGGCUCCUCCACCGACUCCCUCAAAGAGGACCUGAGAGUUCCUGGUCCAAGGGACUUUGUUCUCGGCGACGCAGCCACCCUCAGUAGCAGACAAAGCUCAAACGGGGCGGGGCCCCUGGCCAGUCUUCCCACGGGGUCCCCAGUCUUUCGAGGGCGGGGCCACAGUCUCUCUGAGUACGAGGAGAGACCGCAGCAGAACCACCUGUCGGAGCCCCGCAACCGGUCCUCCAAGCUCUGGCUGUCCCCGGUGCAUCCCAUCGGGCCGCUGCCGGCGCUGGAGAAGAGUUUUGCUGCCGCCUCCCUACGGACAUCUAACAAGGUGGACCGGAACCGCCCGGACGGACCGAGGCUACACCGGAACCUGAGCGACAGCCGGCUCCUGGACAACAUGGUGUCAGACAAUUCCUCGGUCAACUCCAUGAGGUCCACCUUCAGCGUGCUCAACCCCAUCAGGCCUCAGGACGUGAGGAACAGGAGCUUUCUUGAGGGCAGCGUGCUGGGGAGCGGAGCCCUGCUGGGGGCAGAAGAGCUGGACCGCUACUUCCCUGACAGGAGGCUGGGCAUCUAUGUAGCCACCUGGAACAUGCAGGGAGAGAAGGGGCUUCCGAACAACUUGGACGAUCUGCUGCUUCCCGCAGACUCUGAAUUGGCACAAGACGUCUACGUUAUCGGCGUGCAGGAAGGCUGUCCCGACAGGAGAGAGUGGGAGGUGCGGCUCCAGGAGACCCUGGGACCCUACUACGUCAUGCUGUAUGCCGCCGCGCACGGUGUCCUGUACCUCACUGUUUUCGUCAGGAGGGACCUCAUCUGGUUCUGCUCAGAGGUGGAGCACGCCACAGUCACCACCAGGAUCUUCUCUCAGAUCAAGACCAAGGGGGCAGUGGGGGUGGGCUUCACCUUCUUCGGCACGUCAUUCCUCUUCAUCACCUCCCACUUCACCUCCGGAGAUGCCAAAGUUUACGAGAGGAUUUUAGAUUACAACAAGAUCAUCGAAGCUCUCGCUCUCCCCAAAGGCCUGCCGGACACCAACCCGUACCGCUCUGUGGCCUCCGACGUUACCACCAGAUUUGAUGAGGUGUUCUGGUUCGGUGAUUUCAACUUCCGGCUAAGCAAGGAUCGGCCCGCAGUGGAGGCCAUCAUCACCCGGCAGGAUGACCUCGACAUGAACCCUCUGCUGCAGCACGACCAGCUCUCUAAGGAGAUGAGGGAGGGCUCCAUCUUUAAGGGCUUCCAGGAGGCCUCCAUCCACUUUCUCCCAACGUACAAGUUUGACAUCGGCUGUGACGCCUACGACACCACGUCCAAGCAGAGGACGCCGUCCUACACGGACCGCAUCCUGUUCCGCAGCCGGCAGGCGGAGGACAUCCAGGUGGUGAAAUACAGCAGCUGCUCCACCCUGAAGACCUCGGACCAUCGGCCCGUGGUGGGGGUCUUCCAGGUCAAGCUGAGGCCAGGGAGGGACAAUAUUCCUCUGGGCGCGGGGCAGUUCGACCGGGGCUUGUACCUGGAGGGGAUCAGGCGUAGGAUAACUCGGGAGCUGAAGAGGAGGGAGGUGAUGAAGAGCCAGAACAGCAGCAGCACCAUCUGCUCCGUCUCCUGAGCGCCUCCGACUCCACCUUACCCCCCACCCACAGACGUUGACUCACCUCCCACCCAGACUUUAACUCCAGCAAUGUGACCGAUACAAUCGGGUCUUCAAACCGGUCUGUGUGUCAUGUGACACCAAGACAGACAUCGGGCCGGCCAGGCGAAGGCAGGGAGACUGUGGGUAUGCAGUCUGUAUUUAUUGUCUGUUUUAAACCAGAAACACAUGAAGACAAAGUCCCCCAGAAAAUCAGACACAACUAUGUUCAACGUCUGCAGAUGGAGACGUUCACAUUUGCAAAGAUAACAAAAAUAACUGUUAGCACUGACAAGGUCUGGCGGGAGUAGGGCACCCUCUAGUGGAGCCUGAGGGAGAAAGGCCUGGUGGAGGCCUGAGGAAGGCAGGCCUGGGGGAAGCCUGGUGGAGACCUGAGGGAGAGAGGCCUGGUGGAAUCCUAGUGGAGGGUGAGGGAGAGAGGCCUGGUGGAGGCUGGCUGUGCUUUGAGGGCAGGGACCUUGAGGUCAGACAGCCCAGGGGUCUGCUGACACAACAGGCUGGGCUUUAUAUACACCACAACUUGCUUAUGAUUAACCCUUCAAGGCUUGGUGUGUUUGUAUUGGGUUUGUAAGGAUUUUGUACGUUUUUAAGAGACAAAAAAAAUAAUGUAUUUAAGGUUUAUAAAUGAACUGAGGGUGAUUAUAACCCGUAAUGUUAAACUUGUUUCCCUAAUGAUAGUGCUUUGAAUAAUGCCAUUUUCAUUGGGGUUAAAUGGUAAAUAUACCGAGUUAUCUUAUUUAAUACUAUUGGGGAGCGUUGAUGCCAAAAUGGUACAUAUGUGACUAUUAAUGACAUUUUACAUUCCAGUCCAAAUGCUUGAAAUUAACCUGGGACUCAAAUGGGAGCUUGGCUAAAACUAUUUAGAUUAAUCGAUCAAAGGUUUACUUAUACUGACAUUACCACAAAUGUUAUUCUAUGAUGUUUAAUGGUUUGCUGGCAUAAGUCAUGUCCUUCAACUCUAAUACUUCAAAGAUUGUUGACCAAUUCUGCAUCACAUGUAAAACCUCAGGGACAAAAUUAAUUUCAGAUUGUA